AUGGAAGGCCACGGUCUGCCAAUGGUGGACGCUUUUGCGCAAUUAUUAUUGGAAAUGCUACAGCAGGCUGAAUUGGUCAAAGAAGCUCUUACGAUAGAGUCGCCAUUGACCAAGACCGAACUUGCAAAUACAUACGAGCGAAUCGAUCGAAUAUUCAACGAAGCGGCAUCUAUAGAAUCUAAAAAGCGCAGUCAGUAUGCCAUCAUCGAAACCGCUGUUCGAGAUACUUUCAACAAUUUACUGGCCUCCAUAUCUAUUGAAAAUUCUUCCUCUUCACGAUUAUGGAACCUCCUCGACAUCAUCUCCAUCCUAUCUGACGACGAGCAAUGCGAACCCGCCCUUUUAUUUUGGCUUGUUGAAGAAUUGCUGGACAGUCAGACAAUUGCUGGAUGCCGGAAGAUAUUUGACUACCUCGAGUCACGACGUGAAAAGAUCACGGCAAAACAUUUCAACCAAAAGAAUCUAGUAAUUUUGAGAAGCUGCAACGAGCUUCUGCGGCGACUUUCCAGGGCUGAGGACACUGCAUUUUGUGGUCGAGUUUUUAUUUUCAUGUUUCAGAGCUUUCCACUUGGUGACAAGAGUUCUGUGAAUUUGCGCGGCGAAUUUCAUGUUGAAAAUGUCACAUCCUUCGAUGCCCUACCGCGCAAUCCAGUAGACACAGAAAAUAUGGAAGUGGAUUCGGAUAGCAACCUGAAAACAACUCCGCCAGACACCAAAGCAACUCCAAAUGGACGAACGAGCACGGCGAGAGGGUCUGAAGACAGCAAUGGUUCCGGCAAGGAUGUAGCAACAUCAAAACAUGAACCGCCGAUGAAACCUGAUGAGUUAUACCCAAUCUUUUGGUCAUUACAGCAGAGCUUUAGCCAGCCGAAGAGAUUGUUUAAUGCCGAGAAUUUUGCUGAGUUUAAGAAAGGUCUGGAAGCUACAAUAGCUACAUUCAAGUCUGUCCAGCAUGAAACUGUAGGGCGCCCGGCAGCGAGAGCGGCAGAGGAUAAUAAGAGAGGGACGAAAAGAAAGCGCAGUCAAGGAGACGAUGACCUAGCAAACUCUUUCAACCCGAAGUAUCUCACAAGCAGGGACUUGUUUGAAUUAGAGAUUAGCGACUUAUCAUUUAGAAGGCAUAUACUAGUACAAAUCUUAAUAAUCAUGGAUUUCCUUCUUUCAUUAAGCACCAAAGCGAAAGAGAAGCUUUCAAAAGCUUUGCCAGAGAAUAUUAACAGAUCGGUCACAUAUGCCGACCAGACACUUAGUGAGGAAGAUACAAAAUGGUCGUUAGAGACUAAAAAGAUCAUUGCAGAAUAUUUGAAGAAAGGUGCAGAUGGCGCAUUCUUCUAUCGCAUGGUAGAGACGGUUCUUUCGAGAGACAAGAAUUGGGUUCGUUGGAAGGUUGAAAACUGCCCUUCUAUUGCUAGGCCAGCCGUUUCGCCCCAGGAUUAUAUUGAUGCUAAAGCAUCAGCUCGCAAAGCUACAACUAAUAAACGAUUACGCCCCAAUCCUUUGGGGUCGCUGGACCUCAAAUUCCUCGCGGAAACCGACGUACAAAGUGGCUUAGAGAGGCUGAAGAAAUCAGAAAGGUAUCAAGUUCCCUCUAUCAAGAGUUUCAGAAAUAAAAUCGACCUGGAUGAUAUGGAUAUCGAUAUGGCUCGGGAUGAGGAAUCAAAAAACGUGGCUAUAGAAGCAAAAGCGAGUAAAUGUUGGAGAGCACUACGAAUCGCUAGUGCUAGCAAACUUGCUACUUUUGACAAAAUCGAGAAAUCGGAUAGCAUCGACGAAGUUUUCAAGGAUGAUGUUAAACCGGAUGAUCUUAUUACCCCUUGUGAUGAGGAUGCUCUAGAGAAUGGAGAUCCGAAAGUUGGCGAAGGAAACGAGAACGCAAAAGUACUACCCCUGGGAAAUGAGGAUGCGGAUAUGGAACAUGAGAAAAAAGAUGAGCAAUCGAGUAUUCCCGCCGUUCCCGUGGCGGAAGUGGAAACAUGA